UAGGGGUAUUCUAAAGUCUGCUCCUCCUCCCCAACUUCUCCAUCACUCUCCUCCCUUCCUUAACGGCGGCCUCCGCAAUUCUCGUCGCCCCCGGCUAACGGAAGGGCUCCCUGAUAUCUGCUCGGCUUCAAUUUGCGCUCACGGUCUUCAACGCUGUUAGUUUCGUCCGCUUAACCACUCAAUCCUUGAUUGUUGAAUUUGUUGUUGAAUAGAGGUCUAACUUAGAGAAGGAAUGGAAUCAAAGUUCUUUCGCUUCCUAAAGAUAGUUGGAGUUGGUUUCAAAGCAAGAGCUGAAGCAGAGGGGCGUUUGUUAUACCUAAAACUGGGUUACAGCCAUGAGGUUGAGCUGACUGUUCCUCCGGCUGUUCGUGUGUUUUGCUUCAAACCAAACGUGAUCUGCUGCACAGGGAUUGAUAAGCUAAGGACUCAUCAAUUUGCUGCAGCCAUCAGAAGCUGCAAACCACCAGAAGUGUACAAAGGGAAAGGGAUAAUGUACAUUGAUGAAGUGAUUAAGAGGAAGCCGGGAAAGAAAUCGAAAUGAGUUCUUCAGUGAUGCUAGAUUGCUUGGUCCCAUACUCCCAAUCCAUAGUUUGCCUAUAUCUUUAAAGAUCACUGCUUAAGGCCGGUAGGCAACAUGCCAUUAGUCAAUUAGUGCAACUGAUUUACCAUUUUUUGCGUGGGUGUAUAACUUCUCAUUAUUUAACGACUUCAAUGGAGCAUAUACGAAUUAGGCUGUGUUUAUAUGACCAUUUCAGUUUAUUUUGAGCUGAGAUUUAAUAAAUUGAAACAAUUAAUUCAUGUAGCUCUGUUUGGAUGAAUAUUUGAACUUGACUAAUACUUGAGAAGAUGAUU